GGUAUAGAUGGCAUUCAGGUCGCGCGCCGCUCUCGCACGGACGUUCGCUGUGCUCUCGCGCGCGCUCACCUCGUUCAAACAUUUCUAUCGAAAUCGUUUUUUGUUCCGUUGCUUUUUUAUUCAGUCUGAACGGCCAGUCUGCGGGCGAGUGCUAGCACGAGAAAAAAGUUCGGUCACAGGGAGCGGACUAAUUGUGACUCCGUGAGUUCCUUUCUAUCGAGACUGUUGGUGCCAAUAAAUUGAAUUUUGUCGAGGUGACGUAAAGCACGGUGCCGGUGAUAACGGAGAGUGAUGUGAAUUGUGUUGUGUUGCGAUGUGUGUCGGUUAGUGAGGACGUGGUUUGUUUACGAUGGGUUACGCCGCGUCGGGUGCGGGGCGGGCGGCGCACGAGGCGCUGCUGGCUCGCCAGGACGCGGAGCUGCGCCUGAUGGAGGCCAUGAAGCGCAGCCUGCAGGCCAAGAUGAAGAGCGACCGCGAGUACGCACUGGCACUCUCCGCCGCCGCCGCGCAAGGACAGAAAAUGGACAAAUGCGAGGAACUCAACGGGUCCGUGAUAGCGUCAGCAUGGCGCACGAUGACGGAGGAGUGGGAGAACACCAGCCGCCUGAUCAGGGCCAACGCGGAGGCGCUGGAGUCGCGCGCUCUGGACCGCCUCACCACCCUCAUGACCGAGCGACGGAAGGCCAGGAAGGUCUACCAGGAAGACCAUUCGAAGAUAUCCUCGCAAUUCACUCAGUUGUCAGAGGAGGUGCAGAGGAAACAAAGCGAGUACCAGAAGUGCCUGGAGUCCUACAAGCAAAUGAGGGCCAAGUUCGAGGAGAACUACCUUAAAUGUAAGUGUCCGACAAGUCGGGGAGGUCGCAAGCUCGAUGAGACCCGCGACAAGUACGGCAAGGCUUGCAGGAGGCUGCACAGGGCACACAACGAGUACGUGCUCCUCCUGGCUGAGGCCACGGAGUGCGAGAGGGCGCUGAGGACAGCCGCACUGCCGGCGCUGCUGGACCAGCAGCGGAGGCAGGGAGAGGCCACUGCUACGUCGUGGAAAGGCAUCUUGCUGGAGGUAGUGCAGAGGUCAGACUUCAGCACGGACAAGUUCAGAGAAAUCCAGAGCAAGAUCGAAACCACGGUGCAAAACCUCAGGCCGCAGGAUGAGUACAAGGAAUUCAUCGAGAAGUACAAAUCACCUCCAUCAACGCCCAUCUCAUUCACAUUUGACGAAAGCCUGGUCGAAGACACGAGCGGGAAGCUUCAACCGAACCAGCUGACUGUGGACAACCUAACGGUGGAGUGGCUCAAGGAGAAACUCACCGAAUUGGAGGCGUCCCUCCAGGACAACCGGGAGAAGCAGACGGCGUUGCAAGGGCCCGAGAUUAUCGGCAAUGGCGUUUGUAAGAACAAUAACACGGGUCUUACGAAUGGCGUUAACGGUAUUGACAGGCAUUCACCGCCGCCGAUCCCAGUGACGACAUCCGAGCCAAUGAAGCUUCUAGAACUCCGGGUAGCAGAGCGCAAGUGCGCCAAGCAGGCCGAGAUGAUCAGGUCUGCGCUGGCCGAGCUUGGCUGCGAAGAGGCGCCGAGCGGGUGCCCUGAUUUGUCUGCGGAGACAGUCGGCGUGGACAGUCUUGAUGGCAGCUCUCCUGAUCACCAGGAUCGAUCCUCGCUCGGGUCUAAGGCGUCGAUGGACGUGUUGCGGUUGCACCUCCACUCGAUUAUCCCUCCGAGGCCCUUCUUCAAAAUGUUCACGCGGCCCUUCCGACGCAAAUCCGUCCCGUCCAGCCCCGCGCUGCCGCCCAAAACCUACCGAAGCAGCAGCGAGGGCCCCGCCGAUACGGUCAGCGUCAGCGAAACAGAGAGGUCCCUGGUGGAGCAAGAAUGGUUCCAUGGGGUGCUCCCGAGGGAAGAAGUGGUUCGGCUAUUACGAGCUGAUGGGGACUACCUGGUGCGGGAGACUACCAGGAACCACGCGAGGCAGCUGGUGCUCUCCGUGUGCUGGGGACAGCACAAACACUUCAUCGUACAAACCACGCCUGAGGGCCACUAUCGGUUCGAAGGGGCAGCUUUCCCGUCGGUGGCCGAGCUGAUAGCGUGGCAGAGAACGAGCGGGGUCCCGGUGACGGCCCGCUCGGGCGCGCUGCUGCGGCGAGCGGUGCCACGGGAGACUUGGGAGCUUAAUAACGACGAUGUGCAGCUAUGCGAUAAGAUUGGAAGGGGAAACUUUGGCGACGUAUACAAGGCGCGCCUAAAGACGACUGGCCAAGAAGUGGCAGUCAAGACCUGCAGGGUGGCGCUGCCUGAAGAGCAAAAGCGAACGUUCCUGCAAGAGGGCCGCAUCCUCAAGCAGUACCAGCAUCCUAACAUCGUGCGGCUCAUAGGCAUCGCGGUGCAGAAGCCGCCGAUUAUGAUCGUCAUGGAGCUCGUGUCAGGUGGCUCUCUCCUAACAUUUUUACGGACGCGGUCAUCAAGCCUCGGGUCCCGAGCUCUCCUUGCCAUGUGUCGAGACGCGGCCGCGGGCAUGCGGUAUCUGGAGUCCAAGAACUGCAUCCAUCGGGACUUGGCUGCUAGGAAUUGCCUGGUCGGCGACGACAAUAUAGUCAAGAUAUCAGACUUCGGCAUGUCGAGGGAGGAAGAGGAAUACAUCGUGUCUGGCGGCAUGAAGCAGAUACCGAUCAAGUGGACGGCGCCGGAGGCACUUAAUUUUGGAAAAUACACGUCGCUAUGUGACGUGUGGAGCUACGGCGUGCUAAUGUGGGAGAUCUUUUCCAAGGGAGACACCCCUUAUGCAGGGAUGAGCAACUCGAGGGCCCGGGAGAAGAUAGAUGCUGGCUACAGGAUGCCCGCACCCGAAGGCUGCGCCGAAGACGUAUACGCACUAAUGCUGCGCUGCUGGGAGUACGAAGCGGACAAGCGACCGCACUUCCACCAGAUCUACACCAUUAUCGAUAACAUCUACAACAGAUAGCCACAAGCCACGUCACUCGCCCGCCUGUGGAACCGGAUAGGAACUAAAGUCAAACUUACGGCCUUUUAGUACGCAAACAUAGGGCAAGUGGCCGCGCCUUUGGUAAGCGCAUCGAUAAAAGACAGCUAACGAGCACAUCACUAGCUAGACGUGUUGCUCAAUAAAUUCGAUUAUGCGGUAAAUAAAUCUUAGCAUAAAUUGAUUGAGCACCAAAAUAAUCGGAUUGUAUGAAGCCGUUUAUCGUAAUUCAAUGAAUUUAAUUUCUCGAGGUAGGUAUAAACUUAUUGACUGAAAAAGCGUGUUCUAAGAAUAAAACGUGCCUGAUAAGUCAUUUUAAACAAUACAUCGACAAUAAUAAGUUAGAUUUAUUGUUUUUAAUAUAAUCAAAAUACUCUCGUGCAACUACAUUAUCGUAAGGUGUUGAAAUAUCGACGCUUUUAAACUGAAACUUUUAUACUUUAGUAAGCCUACUCUUUUUAUCGAAUUUCUUUAUAACUGACCACGUGUGUAGUGAGUGUAGUAAACAUUACAAAAGCACCUAUUGGAUGAUGAAAGACUAAGUGCGAAUUGCGUCAUGGACAUGACAAAAUAAUAACUACUUAAAAUGAGGUAUUCCGCAACUCUUGACCUGGUUUGGGAACAAAUGUAUUGGGAGAUGAGUGUUCACGCUAUUUUUCAUGUAUGGAUGAGUGAUCGAUAUACUGAUACUCUUACUGAACUACGUUAUUCAAUCAUUGCUAUUCCGAAUUAUAAUUUAACGAAUGUUAAGCAUAUAAUUGUUGUAAUAAUAGGGGAUAAGUGUGAAAUUGCCGAUUUUUCUUAUUCAUUAGUACAUAAUUCCUUCUUUUCUUUCUUUUACUAGUAAUAAAUCGUCAAAAACAGCUUGUCCUAAGUGGUUUCCCUUACCGUUACAAAAAUAUUAGUAUCUUUUUAAAAAUAUAACUUCAUAAUUUUUUUCUUUAAAUAUCCUAUAGCUUAAUGUCUCAAUCUACUCACAUCAUAAAAUUCAGAUUUGUGGUUCUCUAAAAACUAUCAAAAAUUAAUUUUCUCAAUUUCUCCAUACAGAAUGACAAUUUCAUACUUUAACCACCUAACCUAAUAACAUUUUAUUUUGAAUUGUAUUCUACUCUCUUAUGGAUUUAUUUUUAUUCAUAGUCGUAUUAAGUACAUUAUAAAAGAGAUAAAUAUUAGUAUUUCUUUUAUAGUAUUGUGGAUUGCCUCAGGUUACGAAAUGUUGAUCUCCUUCGGAUGGUACUUUCUUAGGGAAGUAAGUGUAGCUACGUAUGACCGAACUUUAUUCGCAUUGUAACUGAAAUAUGUUUUAUGAAAGUACAAGUUAGUAUCAUUAUUAUGUAUUUAAAGUAUAACGAAUAUCGACUGUUUUCAAUGAGUGUAAGUAUUAUUUGUGUAACACGAUACGUUUAUUGAAACUUAAUACUUGAUUUAAUUUUGUUAGAUAAUACGAUUUAUAUUUUAAACCAAUAUUUACUCUCUUAUAUUAUGUUGACGCAGAGUGUUAUUUUUGUAUGUAAAGUUGCAAUAAAUGUAUUCUAUGUGAUAGUUUUGUCUGUUGCUGCUGCCAAUAUGUAGUAUUUUAGAUAUUUGUGCUUCCAGUAAAUAAGCAAAUGAUGUAGGUUUGUAGGCGGCACGUGGUCGCCGGACAAAGGAAACGUACUGUUAUGUUGACAAAUGUAACACAAAGUGAGAUAUGGAUACUAAAGUUUAUUUGAGUGUUUAGUAUUUUAUUUAGUGUAAGAUUGACUGUAAAUAUUUUUUCAUGUCAUAUUCAAUAAAGUGCCAGACAAUUUUGGAUUAAAUA